CUGGUGUGGGAGCGGCCGGGCCGCAGCGCGCUGGGCUGGGCGGCCGCGCACGGCCUCUUUUGGUUCUUUGCACUGACUUCUCUUCGGCUGGUGUUCCUGAUUGCAUUUAGCCUGAUGAUAAUAGUUUGUUUAGAUCAAUGGAAGAACAGAAUUUGGCCUGAAAUUCAAGUGGCAAGAACUGAUGAAUCAGACACUGAGAGCUGGGGUUAUGUUCACCCUCAGUUACUCAGCGUACCAGAGCUGUGCCGUCACUUAGCUGAAGGAUGGGUCACUGGGGCCAACUUCUUAAGGAAUCUCUUGGUUUUCAAAAGUCAAAAUCCUGGCAAGUUUUGCCUUUUAGCAUGUGGUGUCUUUACUUUCUUGACUGUUCUGGGCCGUUACAUCCCUGGACUCUUGCUCUCCUACCUUAUGUUGCUCUUCAUUCUGCUGUGGCCCCUGGCAGUGUACCACAAACUGGGGCAGCGUGUGUACGUGAAGCUGGAGCCAGCUCUGCAGCGGCUGGACUUCAGUGUUCAAGGUUACAUGAUGUCAAAACAGCGAGAGAGGCAAUUGCGUCAACAAGCGUCAAAUCAGCACCCUCCUGACGAUGGGAGUGACAGCGAAGAGGAGCUUGCUGCAUUCUGUCCCAAGCUGGAUGAUUCUGUAGUUGCCAAGGAACUGACCAUCUCUGAUUCUGAGCAUUCAGACGCUGAAGUUUCCUACACUGAGAAUGCGACAUUUAACUUGUCAAGAGGCCAAACUCCACUGACUGAGGGAUCUGAAGACCUGGAUGGUCAUAGUGACCCAGAAGAGUCUUUUGCCAGGGAUCUCCCUGACUUCCCUUCCAUAAAUCCAGAGGUGACUGGAAUAGAUGAUGAGGAUGACACCAGCAUUGGGAUUCCAAGCCUUGCUUACCGUUCCCAAGGCACAGAAGAUCUGCGCCCCCCUUAUGACCAAGAAGUUGUUGGUCUACUACCAUCUGCACACCAUCUUACAAAUAACUUAGCUGGAUUUGUCACCAGGGGAAUGAUACAAUUAGCUUUGUCAGGAGCCUCCCAGUCAGGCCCUGCAUACAGUGACAAUUCCCAGAGAGGCACAAAGACUUAUCUCAGAACCUCCAGCUCUGACUUGGACACUGAUGCAGAAGGGGAUGACUUUGAACUCUUGGAUCAGUCGGAGCUGAACCAGUUGGAUCCUGCAGGCUCGCGAGGCCAUUAAGCAAUCUCCUCUCUCUCCCUCCUCAUUUUUCUAUCAUGCAUAGUGAAGGGGAAUCUUCAAAGGAAAAGCAUUGUCCAGUCACCUGAACUGUUUCCUGUGUUGGGUACCAGUGUUCUGGCAGCCAAUCCUAGCUGGGUACAUCACUGUGACUUGACAUUGUAGAGGGCUAGCUUGGAUUUUAAAAUGAACCACUCUGGUAACUGGCAGGGAAAAGGCUUUUGAUGGGAUAGCCUCAUGAUCACACACAUCAUUCUGCAUUGUCUACUGUGAUUCUUCUUGCCCCAAACCUGCUCACUUAAUACUUGCAUUGUGGGUCUGCAACUCCAGUGCUCCCUCAGUCAAACAGACUUAAGUGUCAAUUAAGAGUUUCUUGCAGCUCAGCCUCCUUCAUGUAGACCUACAACAAAAGGUGAACAGGACUGGCUUCCUCUUUAAAUACUGUAACCUAGAUAUUUUAAGGUUGGUUGUUUUUGGUUUUGUUUUUAGUUCUUUCUACUCCUGUGCACAGACUCUGACAUUUCUUCCCUCAGUAUCUAGCUCUUGGGUAGAAGCUAACCUCCCGAUCAUUUACUUAUUGCAAACUUCAUAACUAAAACAGUAUCCCACAACUUUUACUGUUGCACUUUUAAUAACAACUUGUAUUUCCUCAAAAAUGAUGCUUUCUAGUUAUGCUGUUUUGUAAGACAAUGGCAAUAAAACAUCAACUGUGAUGGCUAGACUCCUUCCAAGAUCAUCUAUGUGCAGCAGCUGCUAUUGCAUUUGCAUUUCUGAAAUGAAUGGAGUUAGUUCUAGAUCUAAAAUCUGCUAACUAAACUUCCCAGUUUUACUCCAGAAUAGGUGCAGCCUGGGCAGUAGCAAUACUACAUUUCUGUGACAAUGCCUUGUCAUGUGACUACUUAGCUACUGUGGGGGGACUUUCUGUAGGAAUGUGGGAGAGGAUUUGGGCUGCUUAGCCCAUUCUCUCCUUGGCCUCUGGUCCACUGUGAUGUAGAAAUGACAUAUGCCCGGUAGGAAUAGAACAGAGGCCACCAGCCUGUGGCACUGAAAUGACCAAACAGCUGCCAGAUAAUGAGUUUGGUCAUUUACAGACUCAAACCAGCAACCUGGAGGGAAAAAGCUCUGUAAACUGACUGGCCUGAGCCAUUCAACUUUUCCCUUGUUGCUAAACUUUCCCAUUGUAUUUCUUAAGCCAUAGUGGAUUACAGUUGUGCAGCCAGCAAUUUACUUCGUCAGGGAAACCACUUCUUGUUGAAGCUCAUUUUCAUUUGCUCAUGUUAGUUCAGGAAAGCUGCUUUUCGGGCCAUCUUGUCCAUAUAAGAUGCAGGAUGGAAAGAGGCUAAUAUUGUAUUUGAAUUGGGAAGUCACUUGGCUGUCAGGUGAUGAGUAAAAUGUGAAAUUUAUGUGGAGGCUUCACACACAGUUAGUGUCAGCAGCCUGCUUAUAUAAAAAUAAAUUUUAAUUGUAGUUCAGCAAGGAUAUUCCAUUUGAAACAGUUCACCUUCCUCCUACCCCUCCCAAAACCUUAGAGGUGGUAACUUGGACAUAGUUAUUAUGACCAGUUAUGACUAUAUGAAAGCAAAUAAUUUUGCUUUCUAAGCUCGUUGAACAAGAGUUGUUAAAGCAUUAAAAGUUUAACUUGCCUCAAUGCUAGUAUUCAGGGUGGCUGAAAUGAUUUGAUACCAUGGAUAUCUGAUUGACAGUGCUCUGCAUAGGCUGCCAUGUUGGAAAUCUCCUGUCAUUGCAAUUAUAACUUUCAUGUCAGUACACUGCCUGUCAGAGGGGGCUGCAACACGUGUAGAAGACUAGAGUGUUCCUAAUUGGGAGCAAUAACUGAAUGAGCCAUUAGCACUUUAAAUAGCUUGAAGCCAUUAACCCUGGUUAGGAGGUUUAAGACAGUGGUACUCAACCUCUGGCCCAGGGAGCCAUGUCAUCCCAUGGGUCCAGAAAUUUGGUGAUGGAGGAGUGGUAGCAGCAUUAGUUGCUCCUAGAAUCAUGGCAAUUAAAGCUGCCACUGUUCCCUUGCUCCAAAAUUUCUGAACUUGUGGGGAAUCCUGUGGUCUGGAUAACAUGGUUCCAUGUGCUGGACCACCCUGGUGUGCCAUCUCCAUGACUGAAUCUAGUGUAUGGAAUCAGGCCAAAGCCAGAUUCGGUGCAUAAGGUUGCACCAUGUGGGGUUAUACUGGAUUGUAUUAGUGAAUCAACCCUGGGUGAGAUCAGGCCCAUGGACAAUCCCUGUGCUUAGGAUCUGGCCCUGCACUACUUGUUCAGCUUGUGGGGCUGGAGAGGUUGAGCACCACUGGCUUAAGAGGUUAAAACUGAUAUGCUGGACUCAUCCUGUUCCUUUCUGAGGUUCUGACUGUGUCCUCUGAGAAUUAAAAUUUACUUGGUAAGGUAGAGAAUUACUUCUAGAAAGUAAGAGCAACCUUAGGAACAACAUGGUACAAAAAGCUGUCACAUUCCUGUUUCUUACAAGAUUUAGUGGUCCAAAUUUGUCUGAGCUCGGAGCUUAAAAGCACAACAGACUCCUGUUCUCUAAAAGCAGUAGUGCAUCCUAGUUUGCUUCACAUUCUUGCCUCUUCACAAGAGGAGCUGCCUCUUGAAGUGACAAUGGCAUGCUUCGGGAAGAGGCCCUGAACUCCCCCUUCCAGUGUAGAGCAGGGAGAUUUUGAAACCCAGUAACAGCAGGAGCCAAGCCAUGCUAAUUUUAGUAAAGUCCUGCCAAAUGGUGUAAAUGUUGUUUGUUACAAACAAGUCACCUGUGAUCACUCAGCAAAUGCACUGAGUUGUAAGACUUGUUAUCAUGCAGGGUGUUUGAAGAAAAUGGAGUCCAAGCACUGUUGCAUGAGUAAUGUACAGCUUUAGAGGAUAUUUAAAUCUGGAAAAAAUGUCUGUCUUAUGGCUCUCCUUUUCCUCAUGUGGCUUUCUCUUCUGUGAAGAAGAACAAACAUCAGCAAAGGACUUUCUAACAAAAUACCUCAAAUGGUAGGUAGCUGUGGGAAAGUGACAAGUAGCACUAACAUCACUCCAACAGUGGGUCAAAUUGUAUUCCUUUCAUGACAUCAGCCAUCCACAAUGAAGUGCCAGUGUGAUGUUACAGAACUGCUUGGAGGUUCUGAUGAGCCUAAAUACUUGUAGAUCUCCAACUCAUUGGCAGUGCUUUAGGCUUUACUAGGCAACUAGAUAAAUCCAUUUUAGCCAACAAACUUACAUUUAUUUUACACCGAAGGUGGUGUCUUGAAACUUCUUGGUAUAAUAACUUUGCUUCUUCAUACUCCAUUAUGUGUACAGAGGUUGUUUACUUCUGGUAAAAUUCAAGGGACUUGCAAAGAAGGGACAGUAAAUAAUCCCUUGAUAAUGAGGCACAGGGGAAGUUUCAUAGACCAUUCUCAGUGCUGUGGAUACUGCAGGAUUUAAA